AUGGCCGUGCUCAAACCCCUUUACCCCUCGCUCUCUGCCGCUCUGUUCCUCCUUAACCAUCGUUACUGCAACAACCUCUUUGUCCACAUGCCGUUGGCGCCGCGCUGCCGGAGGACGUGUGCCUCGAGUGGAGUAGAGACGAAGAAAGAGGGCGACAGGAGACUGAAUCUGGUCUCCAGAAGACAUGUUGUGGAAGUGAUUCAUGGAGAGCUUCACGGUCGACAAGUUCUGCAGAUUCUGUCUAGCGAGCAGCAGAGACGCACAACAGCAAGAGAUGGCUAUGCAAGAGAAAUUCAUCAUGAGGGUUAUUGUCUCAGAGGGAGACAUCAGAAAGUCUACAAUGACAACACGACCGGACACACUUGA